ACUUUACUACCUCUCUAUCAAUCUCUUCCUUUGCUCCCUUUCUGCUGAAAAAGAUGUGUUCUCUCCUGGUACCCUUAUGGUUUCCUUGAGCUACUACCCAAUGGUUUCCUUGCCCAAGAUGUGCAUGGACAUGGAGCUGUGCUUCUUGAUCCCGAGCAGGAGUGGAGAAGUGUUGUGACUUGCGUGCUCAAGCGUGCUCUUGUUAUCGUUUUCCAAAGACUAUAUUUUCCAGGGCUGUGAUCGUUGUUACUGAUGCAGUGCAGUGGUGAUGAACCAUGAUCAGAUUCUGAAGGGAGCUUUACCUGCAUGGAAGGGGGAGACCCCCAGCUGCCCAGCGUCUCCCUGGCACGCACCCCCUCCGAAGGCGCGGCGGCCGUCGACUUGGACCUCCUCGAGCAGCUGCUGUCCGGUGACAACGCCUGGCUCGACGUGGCGUCACGCUCGCCGAACUCGCUGGCUUCUCCUCCACCAACCUUCUUCGCGGCUGAUGCAACAACAGCCACCACCGCGACGCCGGCCGCGAGCACCUGGUGGAUUCAAACGGGCGGCGCGAGCCCCUACUCCGUCCGGGAGCGGUUCAGCCAGGCGCUGUCCUACAUCAGCGAGACGCAGAGAGAAGGCGACGUCCUCGUGCAGCUGUGGGUGCCGGUCAAGGGCGACGACGGGAAGCUGGUGCUGACGACGAGCGAGCAGCCGUUCACGCUCGACCACCGCUCCGACAGCCUCAUCCGGUUCAGGGAGGUGUCCACCACGUUCCAGUUCUCGGCCGACGUCGCGCCGUCGGGGACCUCGCCGGGGCUGCCGGGGAGGGUGUUCAUCGGCAGGCUCCCGGAGUGGUCGCCGGACGUCCGGUACUUCACCAGCUACGAGUACCCCAGGGUCAGCCAUGCACAGUACCUCGACGUCCACGGCACCAUGGGUUUGCCGGUGUUCGAGAAGGGGAGCUAUUCCUGCUUGGGCGUCAUCGAGCUGAUCAUGACCAGGCAGAAGCUCAACUUCACCUCUGAGCUCAACACCAUCUGCAGUGCUCUCCAGGCAGUUAAUCUGAGAAGCACAGAAGUUUCAAGCAUUCCACGCAUAAAGUUCAGCAGUGCUUCCUACAAAGAUGCUCUACCAGAGAUAUUGGAAGUCCUGAGAGCAGCCUGCCUCUCCCACAAGCUGCCAUUAGCUCAGACCUGGGUAACAUGUGCUCAACAAGGGAAACGGGGCAGCCGACACUCCGACGAGAACUACCGGUACUGCAUCUCCACCAUUGAUGAAGCAUGCUUUGUGAAUGAAGCCAAGAUGCAGGGCUUCCAUGAGGCCUGCUCCGAGCACCACCUGCUGCGCGGGCAGGGGGUGGCAGGGAAGGCCUUCAUCACAAAUCAGCCAUGCUUCCUGCCGGACAUUGGAUCCUCAACUAAAUUGGACUACCCAUUGUCUCACCAUGCUAAGAUCUUCAACUUAAAAGGUGCAGUGGCGAUCCGGUUGCGGUGCACGCGCACUGGGACAGCAGACUUUGUGCUGGAAUUCUUUCUGCCAACAGAAUGUGAAGCACUGGAGGAGCAGAAAGCAGUGCUGGACUCCUUGUCAGGCACCAUGCGAAGUGUUUGCCAAACUCUACGUGUGGUCACCGACAAGGAGAUGGAAGACGAGGCGAUGCUGGAAAUGAACGAGCUGAACUCGUUUACUCCUCAGGGGAAGAACAAAAUUGAGUUGUCCUUGGGAGACAACUCAACAGAUCAUAGAGGGGAGGCAUCUUGGACAAGUCUAGCAGAAACUUCACAACAAGAAUCAGAGUUAGCUGCAUUGCGAAUGCAUGGAAUGUUAUCACCUGGAGGGCAGGGUCCAUCUCUAGCUGGUGUUCAGACAACUGCAGAAGGCAGCAAAACAAAAAGGCGUACAAAGGCGGAGAAGACCGUGAGCUUGCAGGUUCUUCGACAGUACUUCGCUGGUAGCCUGAAGGAUGCAGCAAGGAGCCUUGGAGUGUGCCCUACAACCCUCAAAAGAAUAUGCAGGCAGCAUGGUAUAACCCGCUGGCCAUCACGAAAGAUCAAGAAGGUAGACCACUCUCUAAGAAAGCUUCAACAAAUCAUUGAUUCAGUUCAUGGAGCAGAGACACCUUUUCAGCUCAACACCCUGUACAAGGAUCUCACAAACACCUCCAUGUCAUCUGACAACAAUUUGUCAGGAAGUGUCACGGUCCCUCCAACUAAUCAAAGCAAUCUUAGCGACUUUGACAAGCACCAACACAAGUCAAGAACCAAUGUGCCAUCAACUUCACACACACACUCUUCAUGCAGCCACAAUUCUGAUUCAAGCCCCUCCUGCAGUGGUGGAGCGACAAAGACAAAACAUGCGCCACAUACUGUAAUUGAUCUGAUGGCGUCAGGAAAUCCUGUAAAACACAGCCCUAUUCAGACUCUGCAAACAGAAAACACUUCAUUAUAUGAGCAUUUCUCAGUUCAUGAGGCACCGAUAGAUCUUCUACAGGAUGUUACUGGAAAGGCUAAUGGUGGACAGCACUCUUCUCGAAGCCCAUCAUCCCCCAGGCAGAAUGCAGAUGCAAAUAUGAGAGUAAAGGCCACAUUUGGCUCAGAAAAGGUGAGAUUCAGAUUGAAGUCCGAGUGCGACUUUCAUGAACUGAUGCAUGAGAUAGCAAAACGUUUGAGUAUAUUAGACACAAGUUCGUUGGUUUUAAAGUACUUGGAUGAUGAUUCAGAGUGGGUUUUAAUGACAUGUGAUGCAGAUUUACAAGAGUGCCUUCAUGUAUACAAACUAGCAGAUAUGGAAACAAUCAAAAUUUCAGUUCAUCUAGCUGCUAGUCCAGCUACAAGGGUCACUACUGGUCACAAUGGGCUUUCAUGAAGACAGUAUGAGCCUCACCACUUUAUGGGAUUUGAUCAGAAAUCUACCAGCUACAGGGAGGCGGGGAAACUGAAAGUCCACGUUUGCAGCAUGUGCUUGGUACCACCUGGACCCUGUCCUGCUGUUAGAUGGAUUAGUCUUCAAUCUGUUGCUCAGGUUGGAAACUGAUGAUCAAAUUAGAGUACUUGACUAUGGGAAAGUCAAUUCUAGGAAUUAGGAUAAACCGAAGAAAGUAAGAAUUGCUUGUAAAUACUCUCACCGAUGCACGUGAAACUCUGAAAGAAAAUGCAGUUGAUUGGGUUGAUAGGGUGAAGUAUGUAUAAAUCAAGUUCGCUAUAACUCUCCAAGUAUAUUUUGAUUCUUGGGAUACCGAUACGAAUAACCCUAAUUGCUGCUUUCAGAUUAUUGAUCAUCUACAGCCAUCCCUUAAGAGGACAUUAAAGCAUUCCUUCCUCGCUUCAGUAACCAGCAUGCUCUCCUGUUCAAUGGACAUGAAGCUCUGCUCCUGAAAAAUGAAAAUGCAAUUUUCUGCAGCAAUUAUUCAGGAUUAGUUCUAGAAAUUGGAGGAUAGGAUACUUAUUUUGUUCAAUUUGUUUGUCCUUCUAGAAAAAAAAAAUGUACGGUACACUCAUACCACAUGAUGGGCCUCUUUGGAAAGAAUGUCUGCUGCUGUAGACACUACAGAUUGUUUUUCCUUAAUAAGCUUUUACUUUCUGA